UUAGUUGCUAUUUCUGUAAUUGAUCAUAUUGUAGUAGUAAUUUACCAUAGGUUUCUUGGUUGCUUCACACCUAUACUAAUUAAUUCAAUAAAUAGUCAACAGAGAAAUUUUAGUUGCUAUUUCUGUAAUUGAUCAUAUAGUUGGAUUUCUUUCUUGAACGUGACUUUUGGAGUUCCAACAUCAAUGGAUUCUCAGGAUAUAGUUAGAAAGACAAAUGAUCAGCCUGAAGUCUCCUUGAUGGCAGGUGAAAGUGCAAAAUCGCUUAAUCAAGCUUUUCUCAGUUUCUUUGAGUCUUUUAUCGCAAGUGAAGUCGUCGGUGGAGGAUCCAUGAGAAUUGGCAAGUUCAUUUCAUGCAUUCUAUCUACUAGUAAACACUUCUUGAAGAAAAAUAUUUGUGAGAUCAUCGAGGAAAAUUCAUCCUCUACAAUAGAUGAAGAAGAGUUUUAUGAUGCUGAAGAAAAUUGUCCAAUAUAUGAUGACAAGCAUGUCGUAGAAAUCAAAGUAGUGGAUGGUGAUGAUAAUACACUCUUGAGAAACCUAAAACAGAAACAUAAGGAGACUAUUGAAGACAAAUAUUCUACUCAAUUGAAACAUGAGUCCUAUUGUUCUAUUUGUAUGGAAGCUAAACCAAUUAAAGAAAUGUUCAAAAAUCAAAAUUGUUCACACUCUUUUUGUGAAGAUUGUAUUAGAAGAUAUCUAGCUACAAAAAUUCAAGACAAUACAUCAAGGGUAAAUUGUCCUGAACCUAGCUGCAAAGGAACCUUAGAGGCUUAUCAUUGUAUUUCAAUUAUACCAAAGGAGGUGUUUGAUAGAUGGGAAAAUGCACUUUGUGAGAAUUCGGUAUUAGAAUCACAAAAAAUUUAUUGCCCUUUUAAAGAUUGUUCAACAAUGUUGGUGAAUGAUGCAAAGGAAGUUGUGACAGCUUCAGAAUGUCCACAUUGUCAUCGAUUAUUUUGCGCACAAUGUAGGGUUUCGUGGCAUGUAGGAGUUGACUGUAAAGAGUUUCAUAAUUUGAAAAAUAGUGAGCAAGGGAGUGAAGAUUUAUUGGCGAUGAAACUUGCAAGGAAAAAGAAUUGGAAAAGAUGUCCAAAAUGCAACUACUAUGUGGAAAAAGUUCAUGGAUGUACUCACAUUAUAUGCAGGUGUCAUCAUCAAUUUUGCUAUGGAUGUGGAGGCACUUGGACAGGAGGGUCUCAUUAUAAAUGUAGAGUUCGAAAAAAAUAUGCAUUAUUGCCUUGUUUGAUUUGAUUCCCUUUUAAUAUUUGUUUUUGUAAAAUAAAUGUCUGUAUAUUUUAGUUUUGGAAACUAAAUCAAAAUAAUUUAAAGUAGUUUUAGUUAUAAAUUUCUUAUAUUGUUUUUCUAAAAGGCACACAAUAUGAAUUGUU